GAAGUACAAAAUACGUCACUACAAAACGGUGAUUUCACGUUCACGUUGGAUUGUAUUUAAAAUGUUUAAUAAAAAGCCGCGCAGAAAUUUCAGGCAAAGAAAAAAUGAAUCCAGUGAUGAAGAUGAGAAUGAAAAGCUCGGCGGUGUUGACGAUGGAAUGGAAACGGAGAAAGCAGAUUCAAAAGCAAAUUUACCGCGAGGCAGGAUUUCAGGUAACGUUAGUUCAAAGGCUCGCGAGUGUGACUCCAGUGAUGGUGAGGAGCCCUCUGUCACCGGACUCCAGUCCAGAGACAUAAAACACCAGUCGAAGAGCAAAACACUCAGCUUCUUUGACGAUAAAGACGUUACAGCCACUGAGGGAAGUUUUAAAGUAAAACGGUCAGUCAAUAGAGAAGUUGUGUUCCAGGCGCGGAAUAAAGAGGAUGCUCCUGUACCAUUACAAGUUAAGAAGAAUAAGGAUGUCAGUUUGCAAUCUGACAGUGAUGCCGAUUCUUCUGUGGAAGAAAUACCCCCUGACAGUGAUGAUGAUGAUGAUGAUGAUGAUGAUGAUGAUGCAAGCUCUUCUGCCAUGUCAAGUUCAUCUUGUUCUUCAAAACCACAAAGAGUCAUCAUUCCUGAUGCUAGAAAUAUCCGUGCUGCCAAAGAGAAAAGGAGAAAUGCCAGAGGCCAGCAAGAUUACAUCUCACUGGAUUCACCCCACACUCCUGGAAGCCUACAGGAAGAAGAUCCGAGCAAUGAAGAACAAGACAGUGACAAUGAUCUAGAUGAUCAUGAGCGCAGAAUCGAGUUUGCACCCAAACCCAAGACUCUCAGAGAGCGAAUGGCUGAGAAGAUGGGAAGUGAUAGUGACGAGAGUUUUUCUGAUAGCCAGGAGGAGGAAGACCAGCAGAUGUGGGAAGAGCAACAGAUUGGAAAAGGAGUCAAAAGACACCAAUGUUUCAAGGACCUUUCCUUGUAUUCUCAGAAGGAUUGGCAGGCUCCUAGACCAGCCCGACAGAAGAAAAUGGACAUCCCUGAAAAGCUACCACCAAUCAGAAUUGAUGUCAUUAAGAAGAGAAUCAUUGGAAAGUUGGAAUCGCUUAAGGAGGUGCACAGGGCGCGAGAGGCAGAGCUGAGGAGGAUGCAGCUGGAUGUGGAAAUGGCCAAGAGCACUUUAGAGAGCCUCGAAAACCACCCCGCAGAUGAGCAGCUCCGAUUCUACCGUACCAUGAACGCUUUCUCACAGAACCUACUGGAAUGCCUGUCUGAGAAGAUGGCUUUAAUAAACUCUGUUGAGCUGGACAUGCACAGUCUCUAUAUUGACCAGGCGGAGGCGCUGUUGAGUCAGAGAAGAGAAGCACUACUGGAGGAAUCCUCACAGAUUCAAAAAUUAACCUAUAACACUGAUUCACACAGCAAUGGUGACGCAACUGCAGACUCUAGCACCACUCAGCAGAGCUUGUCCUAUGAAGACAUUGGGUGCGUACCUUGUGACUGGGAACCAACAGUAGAGCAGGAGGCAGAGCUACAAAGUAAAAGAGAUGAUCUACUGAAAAAGGCCCAGGAAGUGUUUGCAGAUGUUCAGACAGACUUCUGGGACGUGAAAAAAAUCCUCUCCAGAUUUAAUGAGUGGCGCGUCUCCUUCCAAGAGUCUUACAGUAAUGCCUACAUUGGCCUGUGCCUCCCUAAGCUCCUGGCACCCCUGAUCCGACACCAGCUCAUUGGCUGGAAUCCUCUUCAGGCAGAUGGUGAUGACUUUGAGGCAUUGCCGUGGUAUUCUGCUGUGGAGAAAUUCUGUCACGGUCUGGGUUUUGAGGAAUCUGAGAACAUGGAUAAGACGACACUGCCCACCAUAAUUGAGAAGACGAUCCUCUCUAAAGUUCAAGGUUUCGUGGAGCUGGUCUGGGACCCUUUGUCAACGCAGCAGUCUCAAACCCUCACGACAUUGUGCAAGAGAAUACAGGAUGAUUAUUCUGUAUUUGAUGGUGAACAAAGCAAACCUGUCAAGGCCUUUGUUGAAGCAGUUAUUCAAAGGUUAAGGAGUUCAGUUGAUAAUGACGUCUUUGUCCCACUGUACCCAAAAAAGUUUUUAGAUGAUAAGAGGUCACCACAGUUCCAGUUUCAGAACAAGCAGUUUUGGUCAGCAGUGAAGUUGCUUGGUAACAUGGCAUUAUGGGAUGGUUUGAUUCCUGAACAUGUUCUGAAAGAGCUAAUGUUGGAGAAACUUCUUGGCCGUUACUUGAUGAUAACCAUUCUUAACAUAUCUGAUCCGAAACACACCAUCCAGAAAUGCAAAAAGAUUGCAGAUGGUUUUCCAAACUCAUGGUUUAUUGAUGUGAACGCUGGAUCGUCACUACCUCAGCUGCAGAACUUCAGCAAACAUCUUCUUCAGACCGCUCAUGCGAUAUUCAGGGACAACAGUGACUCCAGCAACACACGAGCACUUUUAUCUGAUGUGCUGUUUGUCCUUAAGAACAUUAAGGCACAUGACAGUAUUAGGACAAUAACAGAAAAAUAUCAAUGUGAGGAUCUGUUAAAAGCUCUCCAUUAGCAGCCAUCUUGUGUCUGCAGAAGGUUUUAUAUGUUUUUAAUUUGCAAAGUCAGUUUUGAUAUGUGUAUGUAUAGUGAAUAAAAUGUUUUAUUUUGGCCCACA